GAACUGUAUAUGAGGAUGUCAUGGAUAUUAUUUAUGGAGGUAACACCAUAUCCUUUUUUGGGGCGGAAGGUGUGCUGUACUUUGCAAAUAAUUCUAGCCCAGAAGGGCUGCCACGUAUUCGAUACGCACAUCUAGCUAUUUGCAUUCCAUCACUAGAAUGGAAUCAAGCCAAACAAAAGAGGACCGUUAUUGAUGCAGUCCAAUGUCUGAAUUCAAGGAUGACUUCGCUCUGCCAGCUAGACGUUGAGGUUGCAUUGACGGAGGGACAACCACCGCAGCCGGAGCUCUUUUGGGCGUGGCUGAGAGAGGUCCUGGGUCAAUUGCGUGGACUAGACCGUCUCGUGCUUAAGGUGUCUGUUCUUCACCCUGAGCACCCACCAUCUAGAGGGAUCGCUGAUGAAGAGUCCCCGAGGCUGAAACGCCUCGAGCUUGACAGGAAUGAAUUUUACAAUGGGAAGUGGACCCCAAACAUGGAGCCCUUGGUCACAUGGAAUGAGUAUGAGUAUGGGUUAUUAAAGAAUGAAGUUGGUCAGCCGCGGCUGGCUGAGUGAGCAUUUCACUAGGUUUUUAAUAAAUAGUUCAAGAUGAAAGCAUUUCGAGGCUGUUCUUUUGAUUAAUGAUAACGGAACUAAUGGGUACUAGACUAAUAUAAGAAGUUCAAGAACAGCUGUAUAUAGCUUGUUAUACACUGCGCGCAUAUCUUAAUAAUAUUAA